AUUAAAAUAUUAAGAUUUUGAUGCUUCAGUUUCUUUUGAGACGUAUCCCUGUACUGUGUGAUUCCACUAAGUCCUCAUUGACUUAUCGCUGUUCCUACCUGCCAUUGGUUACAGCAGGUUAUAAUAUUCAGGCGAAAAUGUCGAGCACGUCUACCUCAUCGUGUUUAGUUACUUUUGUCACGUGUCCCUCUAUGGAGGUUGCCAGAGAUUUGAGCAGAAAUAUUUUAAGGUCCAGGCUAGCAGCAUGCGUUAACAUCAUACCACAAAUAACAUCAAUAUAUGAAUGGGAGGGCGAAUUACAAGAAGACAGCGAAUUCCUAAUGGUUGUUAAGACUUCAAAAGAUCAGAUUAGCUCGUUAACUAGUUUUAUUGAACAAAAUCAUCCAUAUGAUGUACCAGAAGUGAUUUCAACUGAGAUAAAUCAUGGCUCCAAAAAGUACUUGGACUGGGUAAUGUCUAGUACAAAGAUGCAGCAAGAAAACUAGCCUAACUCUUGGUGCAUGUAGUCUACUCUGCUUCAUGUUAACUAUGUCUGGCAUUAUAUUAUUGGUUACUUUGAAACUUAGUUUCAUUUUGUUGCUAAAAUAUUAA